CCCGUCACUUCCCCCGCUGCUGCCGCCACCGCCGCCGCUCCCGCCAGGCCGCCGGACUCGUGCCCCUGCCCAGGCCCCUGCUGCCGCCGCCAUGGCCAUGAGGCAGACCCCGCUCACCUGCUCGGGCCACACGCGGCCCGUGGUGGACCUGGCCUUCAGCGGCGUCACCCCCUACGGAUAUUUCCUCAUCAGCGCCUGCAAGGAUGGCAAGCCCAUGCUGCGCCAGGGGGACACGGGCGACUGGAUUGGCACAUUUCUGGGUCACAAAGGGGCUGUUUGGGGUGCCACCCUGAACACAGAUGCCACCAAAGCAGCUACAGCAGCAGCAGAUUUCACAGCCAAAGUGUGGGAUGCUGUGUCAGGCGAUGAACUAAUCACACUGGCUCACAAACACAUUGUCAAAAGUGUGGAUUUUACACAGGAUAGCAAUUAUCUGUUAACAGGUGGACAGGAUAAGCUCUUGCGUAUCUACGACUUGAGCAAGCCAGAAGCAGAACCUGAUGUUGUCAGUGGACAUACUUCUGGCAUUAAAAAGGCCUUGUGGAGCAGUGAUGACAAACAGAUUCUUUCAGCUGAUGAUAAAACUGUCCGCCUCUGGGACCGGAGUACCAUGACUGAGGUGAAGUCACUAAAUGUGGCAAUGUCAGUGAGCAGCAUGGAGUAUGUUCCAGAAGGACAGAUACUGGUGAUAACCUAUGGGAAGACUAUUGCUUUUCAUAGUGCAGAAACUCUAGAGCAAAUUAAAUCAUUUGAGGCACCUGCUACAAUCAAUUCUGCAUCUCUUCACCCUGCGAAAGAAUGUUUGGUUGCAGGUGGUGAAGAUUUUAAACUCUAUAAAUAUGACUAUAAUACAGGAGAAGAAUUAGAAUCUUAUAAAGGGCACUUUGGUCCCAUUCACUGCGUGAGAUUUAGCCCCGAUGGAGAGUUAUAUGCAAGUGGCUCUGAAGAUGGAACACUAAGGCUGUGGCAGACAACAGUAGGGAAAACCUAUGGCCUUUGGAAGUGUGUAGUUCCUGAAGAGGAGAAUGCAGAAGCAGCAAAAGCAAGGACUGCCCUUCCAGGAACCGCAGAGGAGGAAAUAGUUGCAGAAGAGAUUGCCUCUGAAAACUCAGAUACAGUGUACAGCUCAACUCCUGAAGUGAAAGCCUGAUUACUGCAGCUGUUACGUGACACGUGGACAUGCGAGACUAAAUCAAGUGAGCAGUGACAGACAGCAGCCUUCCAGAGUGCGCUCCCUCCGUGGGGCAAAGAUGGGCAGUAAUUGAUGAGAAUGCAGUGGAACUGGCUAGGUGUUGUCUGUAAGAGAACUGAGCAUCCAAAUAAAAACCCAAAAGACAAGUAGUAGAGUUCUGCUGGCUUUUUGGCAUGACUGCCUACUGUCUUUUCAAAGAAGUGUGCAAGCCAAGAUCCAGUCUCUCCAAUCUCAAUUAGACUCAUUGUAGUGUGUUUUCAUUAUUACAAAGAAGAGAUACAAUGGCUUUUACCUUUUUUUUUUCUUGAAAGUUGGAAAAAUUGGCUCUAGUUGAAAAGAAGGGAUUAUGUACUUUAAAGUAUUUGGUUCGGGUUUUGUUUCAUUGUAUGCUGCUUCUGAAUGUUUAACUGUUUUCAGUUGUCUAAAUAAAAAGCCUCUCCAGA